GUCAAGUUAUUUUAGAUUUAGCUACAGCCGUGAAAGAGCUUGUAGAAAAUGGUCUUGAUGCCCAGGCCAAAGUAAUAGAGAUUAGGUUUAAAGAGUAUGGAAUACAAUCGAUAGAGGUGAUUGAUGAUGGUACGGGAAUCAAUCAACAUAGUUUCGAACAACUCGGAGAGGCUUUAAGUUCUCUCUGUGCUCUAUCAAAGGUUGUGAUUUUAACUUGUACACAGGAGGAAGCCCCCGCUGGAUUUAAAUUGGAAUUUGAUUCUCUCGGAAAACUUAUUAAAAAGACACCUAUAGCUCGUGAGCGAGGCACAACUGUGAUCUUGCAAGAUCUGUUUGAACCAAUUCCUGUUCGGCAUCAAGAAUUCAAAAAGAACAUAAAGCGGGAAUUUGGUAAAACCUUGACAUUAUUACAAGCCUAUGCCAUAAUUUGCAAAAAUUUGAAAAUCACUUGUUCAAAUCAACUUAAUAGGAGUGCAAGAACUGUAGCCCUCAGUACUAGCGGGAAUAGUAACAUUCGAGAUAAUAUUGCUAAUUUAUUUGGUGCUAAAACAUUAACACAAAUUGUGCCAUUUGAUUUUAACAUUCAAGUGACACCGGAAAAAACAAAAAAUGUUAAUAGACUCUGA